UAGUGCGCAUGCGCACAGGCCAAUCCUCCAGUGUGAAAGCGCUUGGCUCCUGCAUACCUAUGUACACGUCCACCCGGAGGCGAGCACGCGCGGUCUGUCGGGGGCUCCGAUGAACCGUUACAGGCAGUAGUGACUCAACAAACAGGCUGACCGUGUGUGAGUGCCGUUCACCUGACUGUUUUUCCCGCACCUGAUUGUUGUGAGCAAGCGGACGUGUCGCGAUGCCUCCAGCGACGGGUGGGCCGGUGGGGUACACCCCUCCAGAAGGUGGUUGGGGUUGGGCCGUAGUGGUCGGAGCGUUCAUCAGCAUAGGCUUCUCCUACGCCUUCCCCAAAUCAAUCACAGUGUUUUUCAAAGAGAUCGAGGUGAUCUUCAACGCCACCAGCAGCGAGGUGUCGUUGAUCUCCUCCAUCAUGUUGGCCGUCAUGUAUGCAGGAGGACCAAUCAGCAGCAUCCUGGUGAACAAGUAUGGCAGCCGACCAGUCAUCCUCGUCGGAGGCUGUCUGGCCAGCACAGGCUUGAUUGCCGCAUCCUUCUGUAACACAGUGGUGGAACUGUACUUCUGUGUGGGAGUCAUAGGAGGUCUUGGAUUGGCAUUCAAUCUGAAUCCCGCAUUAACAAUGAUCGGGAAAUACUUCUACAAGAAGCGUCCAAUUGCUAAUGGCAUUGCUAUGGCAGGCAGUCCCGUGUUCCUCUCUACGCUGGCACCUCUGAACAGCUGGCUGUAUGAUCAGUUUGGCUGGAGGGGAAGUUUUCUGAUUCUGGGUGGUGCACUGCUUAACUGCUGUGUGGCCGGCUCAUUGAUGCGACCCAUCGGACCAAAACCGCAGCCCAAACCUGAUGUACAGGAGGGAGGGACCAAAAGGCAGGAGAGGAAAACCGUGUUGCAGACCAUCAACAGCUUCAUCGACCUGACUCUAUUUAUGCAUCGUGGUUUCCUGCUUUACCUCUUGGGCAACGUGAUCAUGUUUUUCGGUCUGUUCGCACCACUUGUCUUCCUCAGCAACUAUGCAAAGAGCAUGGACAUCUCCAAAGACAAGGCAGCCUUCCUGCUGUCCAUACUGGCCUUCACAGACAUGGUGGCGCGGCCGUCUAUGGGCCUGGUGGCUAACACCCGCUGGGUUCGCCCACGCAUUCAGUAUUUCUUUGCAGCAGCAGUGCUGUAUAACGGUGUAUGUCACUUGUUGGCACCAAUGUCCGUGGACUAUGUGGGCUUCUCCAUCUAUGCAGUGUUUUUCGGCGUGGCAUUCGGCUGGCUCAGCUCUGUGCUCUUCGAAACGCUCAUGGACCUGGUGGGGGCACAGAGGUUCUCUAGUGCCGUGGGCCUCGUCACCAUUGUGGAGUGUAUACCAGUCCUGCUUGGACCCCCUUUACUAGGAAAACUAAAAGACCGCUACAAUGACUACAAAUACACGUACAUUGGCUGUGGCAUCGUCCUAGUCGUAGCCAGCGUGUUUCUGUUCGUCGGGAUGGGCCUCAACUACCAUCUGCUGGACCGAGAGAGGAAAGAGGAGGAGAGGAAAGCAGGGCUCGAAGACAAGGAACAAGAGACUAACAUAGACAGUGCCAUGAAAGAGAGAGAGAAGGAAGCUGAGAACGAUGCAUCUACAACGCUCACAAAAGCAGACGUGGCCAAACUGGACGAGGACACUGUGUAACAUGCACGGGUUUCAUUAGGGACCGUCCAAAUGAGCAGCAGGCUAUUUUACACUUUAGAAUUGUAAAAAGGUUUAGCCAGUCAUAUUGCACGCACACAUGCUGACGUCUGUGUUCAUUCACACAUUAUCUAUUGUCCAGGGCCUGGUUUCAGUUCUUGUCUCUCAUGCUGGAUUACAGCUGCCAGAUCAUUUCUCCUGCUUUGUCCUGUCUGCUUUUUCCACCAAAGAAAGUUCACACAAACACUCCAGCGCAGUGUUUGGGUUGUAGUUUACUGGUUUGUUUCUCCCCCGCCCCCUUCUACAGAUGUUUCAUGGCUCUCUCUGGAGUUCAAGUUAGCUUUCUAGUUCUUGUGUGAGACUGAGCACGGUAUUCAGGACACUUCUCUGUACAAAGUCAGCUGUAUGUGACAUUUAAUUAAAAUACUGGACCAUAUCCUAUGACUAUGACUGCAGGAACUCUGCAAAACCAGAUGCUCUCACUUGUUUGGGUUUUAAUAGUGUUAGUCUUUUCUCACUUAUUUUCCUAUGUUUACUGAUUUCCAAUGAUUACCAGAGAUCAGAUACUGCAUCAAAUAGAAGCACAACUUUAGCACACGCCUGACACACAAAUUCACCCAAAUGUAAUGAGUUUUUGUAGGGGUUUUUUGUUUUGUUUUUUUAAUUAAGGAAUGACCUCGUCACAUUGUGCAUGAUUUUAUUUCUCUGUUAUGGAUUUCUGCAUUGCAGUGUCUAGGAUCUUCAGAAAGAUGACCCAUUUAAUGUUCUUUAUCUGUGUUUUAAUAUACAAGUAUAAAUAACAUGAGUCUCUGCAGGGUGGUACUAUUCCGCUUGUGCCUUUUGAGGUGCGUUACUAGUCAAGGCCUCUUUUAAACUGAGCCCGAAGUUUUUAUUUUAUUAUUAUUAUUAUUAUUAUUAUUUUUUUUUUUUUUUUUAUUUAUUUUUUUUUUUUGGAAAUCUAACACAACUUAUUAAAAUACUACAAUUUAAAAAAAAAAAUCUUUGACGUGCAGUAUAGUCUGAACAUCAGUAUACCACGUUAGGUGUUUUACUGGGUGUAAAAGCUCACUAGGGGGACAUUCAUUUCAAUUUCAGUGUACUCCCCAAUGCCAGUGUGAAUAACUGUGUAUACUUUAGUGUUCAGGACACACAGGCCAUGAGUAUGAAAGAAGCUUGUUGCACGCCACGGUUUCUCAGCCUUGUGUAAACUUGCAGUGUAAAAAGAGAGGCUGAACAAUAUUAAACUUGAGGCACGAAUUUAUAAAUAUCAACUUUUAGCUGGCAUUUGUGUUACAAGGCCAAUAUACCGUGCUUCCAUGUAUUUCUUCAUUCCAAACCUAAAUGGAAGUAUAUUAUAUAUAGUAUCAAUGUCCAGCGUUGGAGUUUGUAAAUGCCCAUUGAUUUUAUAGACUCUGGUUGUAUGUAGAUACACUUUUUAGUUCCUCGAUUUCAAACUUUCUCUUGCUUUUUAGUCAAUCUAAUUUUAUAUAGUUGCUUAAAUGUUAUGUGGGUGUGAGAUUUUGUAUGUUUGACCUGGAGUAGUGUACCAAUAAACUGUUUUUAAAAAUUUCA